GGCCGUUUGGACAACUCUAGUCUGUUCGGGCGAUGCAGUUGGCCCAUAUACCACGGGUCUCUCGAAGCUCGUUUGCUUCUCUCGCGCUCCGCCUCUCCCUUGACAUGGCGGCUGCGACGGCGGCAGGGGCCGCCGCCACGGCCGCCGCCGUAUCCCUAAUCGCCUGCUACAUCCUCCUCCACAAGAGUAGAGCCAAACUCUCGUGGUUCCCUACGGUUGGGUUCUCCCGCGCGAGCGGCCGGCGGGUGCGACGGAGGGGUCUCGUGGAGGCCAUCGGCAACACACCUCUCAUUCGCAUCAACAGCCUCUCCGACGCUACAGGAUGCGAGAUUCUGGGGAAGGCUGAGUUCCUGAACCCGGGUGGCAGCGUGAAGGACCGCGUGGCGGUUAAGAUCAUCGAGGAGGCUCUAGAAUCUGGAGAUCUCGUAUAUGGUGGUACUGUAACAGAGGGGAGUGCUGGAAGCACAGCAAUUAGCUUGGCUACUGUUGCUCCUGCCUAUGGUUGUAGGUGUCAUGUUGUAAUACCCGAUGAUGCUGCCAUUGAAAAGUCUCAAAUAAUUGAGGCGCUUGGAGCUACUGUUGAACGAGUGCGCCCUGUUUCAAUAACUCACAGAGACCAUUUUGUCAACAUUGCCAGAAGAAGGGCUUUAGAAGCAAACAAGUUAGCAGCUGCACAGAGAGAAUCAAGCGAGAAACAAACUAAUGGUUUAACACAUGUCGAUUCUGAGAUGCUGGAUGACAAAUUAGCGGUUAUGCAGAGGGAAUCAAACAAGAUGCAAAAUGGUGGUCCAGCACAUGUCAAUACUGAAUUUUCACACUGUGGGAAAUGCGAUGUGAAUUCUGAUUCAAAGGGAGGUUUUUUUGCUGACCAGUUUGAGAAUUUGGCAAACUAUCGAGCACAUUAUGAAUGUACUGGUCCUGAGAUUUGGAAACAGACUAAAGGUAACCUGCAUGCCUUCGUUGCAGCAGCUGGUACUGGCGGUACAAUUGCCGGAGUCUCACGAUAUCUUAAGGAAAAGAACAGGAGCAUCAAAUGUUUUUUAAUGGACCCUCCUGGAUCUGGUCUGUUCAAUAAGGUUACCAGAGGGGUGAUGUACACAAAAGAGGAGGCCGAGGGGAAGCGGCUUAAGAACCCUUUUGAUACUAUUACUGAAGGAAUAGGAAUCAAUAGGGUCACUAAAAAUUUCAUGAUGGCGGAACUGGAUGGAGCCUAUCGAGGAUCAGAUAGGGAAGCUGUUGAGAUGUCAAGUUCUUCAGCCAUGAAUUGCGUUGGCGCUGUAAGAGUUGCUCAAGAUUUGGGUCCAGGGCAUACAAUCGUGACAAUUCUUUGUGACAGUGGGAUGAGACAUUUAAGCAAGUUCUUCAAUGAGCAGUAUUUGGCUGAUCAUGGAUUGACACCAACAGCUACUGGUCUGGAAUUUCUUGAUAAAUGAGCAUUUCACAGGGACUUUUCAAUUUCAGGAAGUUGGCAUCCUCCCUGUGACUGCGAUGAUACCUUGACACAAGGGUGAACGCUGAAUAGGUCAAAGCAUGAAUAUAUGCCAUACAAAUGGUGAACCUGAUGUGUUUUAAGUACUAAUUGUAGUCUAGUAUAGGCAUUGCCAUUGGAUAGGAUUGGGAUAGCCAGUGUUUUGAUCCUUGUUUUGAUAUAUAUCUAUUGAGGCUCAGGCUGUUACCAGUUAGAAUGCUGCACUGAGCAUCUUUGCUGUAAACAACUGCAACAUAUGCAUUUUUUUUGUUAAAAAAUGUUUCAAGAACAAUUCACCCGUAUUGAUCU